ACCAUUGCCAGUGGUUAGCUUUCAGAGCAAAAGAGUGAAAGUUGCCCCGGUUUAAAGCUGAGUCGCAACCGCCAUGGACCCUCUGAAUGGAACCCCUCCGUCCCCGCCGGUCGCGCCCCCUCGGCCGCAGGCGCCACCCCAGCCGCAGGCGCCGCCGCCGCCGCCACAGCGCCCUCCUCCCGACCAAGGCUCUGGCUUUCUCACCGUCCUCUUCUCCUUUGUCGUCAUCGCGCUCUUUGUACUUAAACGUUCCAUCAUCCCUAGCUCGGUCUUUCUUUCAGGCCUUUUCGCAAACAUGUUCAUGAUCAUAAUGCAGAUCCUUAUUCCAUCAACUUCAACCAUCAAAAACAGCUUUAGUAUUCUUCACCAAGUGCCAGAAGGCCAUGUUGGUGUAUAUUGGAGAGGUGGUGCGCUACUAAAAAUGAUUACAGAUCCAGGCUUUCAUCUAAAGAUGCCCUUAGUAACUCAGUAUGAGCCUGUUCAAGUGACCCUACAGACAGAUCAGGUGAGGGAUAUUCCAUGUGGGACUAAAGGAGGUGUUAUGAUAAAUUUUGAGAAAAUAGAGGUUGUUAAUCGCCUCCGCAAGGAUUAUGUGUAUGAAACACUGCUCAAUUAUGGAGUGCAAUAUGACCACACGUGGAUUUAUGACAAGAUCCACCAUGAAAUCAAUCAGUUCUGCAGUUCACAUUCCCUGCAGCAAGUGUACAUUGAUGUGUUUGAUCAGAUCGAUGAAAAGAUGAAAGAUGCUCUUCAAGGUGAUUGCACAAAAUAUGCUCCAGGCAUUGAAAUAAUUAGUGUCCGUGUAACUAAGCCUGCUAUUCCUGAGAGUAUAAGGCGCAAUUUUGAGCAGAUGGAAGAGGAGCGUACAAAGGUCUUAAUUGCUAUUGAGAAACAAAAGGUUUCUGAGAAAGAAGCAGACACAAUGAAGAAGAUGGCUAUAAGUGAAGCUGAAAAGAACGCCAAUGUUAGCAAGAUACUCAUGGAACAGAAGUUGAUGGAGAAAGACAGUUCCAGAAGGCAGCAGGAAAUAGAGAACCAAAUGUACCUGGCUCGUGAGAAGAGUCUGGCAGAUGCUGACUUCUAUCGUCUAUUGAAGGAAGCUGAAGCAAACAAGUUGAAGCUCACACCUCAGUUUCUUGAGCUGAAAUUCAUAGAGGCAAUUGCUGGUAACACCAAGAUUUUCUUUGGGGACAAGGUCCCGAAUAUGGUUUUGGACCAGAGGUUGCUGGGGAACUUCUUGCAGAAUGUGUCUAAGGAGGUAUCUAGAGUAGCCUCCAGAGAUGGCUGCUCAGACACCUAAGGCGCCGAUGAAAACAGCCCAACUUUCUGCUGUUCUGUUAAUUUAGUUCUGUUUUGCUUCAGUCAUAUCUUUUGAGUUGUGGAAAUAUGGUAUUGCGAGUGUGAGAAGUGUGGUACCAUCUCCAAAACUGGCACUAGAUAGAAUGGUUGAUUUAUUUUGAAAGGGAG